AUGGAAUGUGGCCCCAUUUCAUUUGCUAUCUACCCCGACCCCUCUCUUUCUAUCGGCUUAUCCAACUCGGGCCUCCAAUCCGGAUCCCUUCAUUGUCUAAUGGAUCCGUUGCCUAUCUUUCUGGUUGACCGAUUUCACUCGGUUUCAGUCCCAGUGUGCAUUCCACAAAAGGCGCUAUUUCUCAAGGCCCAAGAAGAACGUACACUGCCGCUUCCUGUGAAAGGAAGGCCUGAUAUCUGCAAGCAUGGAAAUCGGAGCUUAGGCGCUCUACUCAGUGAAGCGGCAGUGUACGUGUUUCUAGGACCUUCAGAAAUAGCGCCUGGAGUGGAAUGCGCACUGGGACUGGAACCGAGUGAAAUCGAUCAACUAUAA